GCACGAAGCGGCCAUGUUUGUUUUGAUAUCACUGGAAACAUUUAUACCGUCUCCCGUGGUUUCGUAGUUUUCGUUGAAACUAUUCAGUUUUUCCCGGCUGCUGCUGACUUUUCCAAGUUUUCGCUUAAUUUCUAAGUAAACGACGACCCGGCAGCCGAGCCUAAACUAAAUUCAUCGAUCAUGGAUGUUUCUAAACUGAAGGUUGCGGAAAUUAAAAAAGAGCUGAAAGACAGGGGCCUGAACACAGUAGGCAACAAACAGGAGCUGCUCACCAGACUUCAGGAAGCCCUGGACGCCGAGGAAAUCGGUCAAGUUGAUGAAGACGAGCAUUUAAACGGAGCGGAGGAGGCGGUGGUUGACGAGGUGGAGGACGUCAAAGAGGAAGACGCGACGGCCGUCAAGGAGGAGAAACAGACCAAGAAAAUCGUGCUAAAACGGCAGGUGGAGUUCCCCGAAGAAGCCGUGGUGGCGAGAGCGGUGGCGCCAAAGCAGGAAAUCACUGGCCCUGACGCCGGGGCCAUCGCCAGCAGCGCUAAGAGCAGCCUGACGCCCGAGGAGCGGAUGGCGCUGCGGGCCAAACGCUUCGGCCCCACGGAGACGACGCCGGCCGCGCCAGCGGCCCCCACGCCCGCCGCGGCCGCGCCCAAGACGGACGUGGCCGAGCCGGCGGCCAAAAUAGCCAAGGUGGAGCUGAGCGACGAGCAGAAGGAGCGGCUGAGGAAGCGGGCCGAGCGCUUCGGCACCUCCGUGUCGCCGCUGAUCGAGGUGGUCGACGCCGAGGAGAAGCGACGCCAGCGCCAGGAGCGAUUUUCCACCGCCUCCGACCCCUCCGACGCCGCCCCUGCUGACGCCAUCGGCGUAGCCCCCGUCGUCGAGCCGGCGACCAUCAAGGUGUUGAGCCUCGAGGAGAGGAAGAAGCUCAGGGCUGAUCGCUUCAACAAGACGUGAUCCCUGACUCCCCUCCAGCCGCGUGCAUGCGUUUCCAUUGACUCAAGAUCGUAAAAUAUUGUGAAUGUUUGCGAAUGUGUUUGCAGGUCAUCUUUGCUUUGAAUGCAUUUCUAGGGAGGUCCCUCCCGACACACUGAAAAUGCCAAUAAAAAUUCUUAGGCAGAAUCAAAUUAUGGAUUUUUGUCGAUUUUUUGCGCCUGCA